AUGAAUACCUACUCUACCAUGGAUUGUGCUGCCAUGUUGCAAGUGCAGCAGUUAUUUCUUACUGCUCUUAUAAGUAUGGCACAAGUGUUAAAUCCAGGUGACGAGGUUGUUCUUGGCGAGGAAAUCGGUCAUGUAAGAAUGAUUACCUUGAAUCAGCCUCGACAGCUAAACGCCCUUUCAUUGGAAAUGGUUACUUUGCUAGCAAAGCUUCUGGAGAAGUGGGAAAAAGACGAUAACGCGGAACUUAUACUAAUCAAGGGAUCUGGCCGUGCUUUCUCUGCUGGUGGGGACCUGAAAAUGUUUUACGAUGGAAGGACUUCAAAGGAUCCAUGCGUUGAAGUAGUAUACAGAAUGUAUUGGCUUUGUUACCACAUCCAUACGUAUAAGAAAACACAGGUUGCUUUAGUUCAUGGGAUUUGCAUGGGCGGAGGUGCAACAUUAAUGGUCCCAAUGAAGUUCUCUGUUGUGACAGAAAAGACUGUUUUUGCUACUCCAGAGGCAAGCAUUGGAUUUCAUACAGACUGUAGUUUCUCAUACAUUCUUUCCCACCUCCCGGGUUAUCUAGGGGAGUUCUUAGGGUUAACUGGUGCCAGGCUGAGUGGUCAAGAAUUGGUUGCAGCAGGGCUUGCCACUCAUUUUGUCCCGUCUGAGAAAUUUCCGGAGCUGCAGAGUCGCCUAAUAAGUUUAAAUAGCGGUGAAGAGAAAGCUAUCAAAUCCGUGAUUGAGGAAUUCUCUGUAAAUGUUGAGGUCGAUGAAAAGAGUAUCUUGAACAGGAAUGCGAUCAUAGAUGAGUGCUUCUCCAAGGAAACUGUGGAAGAGAUCUUAGCAUCAUUAGAAGUUGAGGCUGGCAAAGAAGGAAAUGAAUGGAUAGUUCCGUUCCUUAAAGGGAUAAAGAGAUCAUCACCGACUUCGUUAAAGAUAACCUUACAGUCAAUUCGUGAUGGAAGGAAGAUGACAUUAUCCGAUUGCCUGAAGAAAGAGUUCAGACUUACAAUGAACAUUUUCAGGAGGGCAAUAUCUGAUGAUGUGUAUGAGGGUCUUAGAGCUGUUGCAAUCGACAAAGAUAAUGCGCCAAAAUGGGAACCCUCGUCUCUUAAGGCCGUUGAUGCAGAAAAGAUCAAGCAGGUUUUCCAGCCAUUUGAAAAAGAUUUGGAGUUAAAUAUUCCCACAGGAGAUGAUUUUAGGUGGGAAGGAAAAUAUGAAGAUUCACCAUAUCCAAGGUCUCAGCGUAAGCUUACUUCGACUCCACUGUUGUUGUCUGAUUUUACGCUAUCAUUUGAAUCAUCGUGUGAUGCCUGUAAGGUGGGCGUCAGGACUGCCAGAAUUCGCGCCCCAUGGCUUUCUUCAGCAAAAAGUUGUCGGCCCCAUGGGUGCAUUAACGAUGUGGAGUUCUAUGUCAUGGUGCGAGCCGUCCGUUAUUGGCAUCACUAUUUAUUUCACAAGGAGUUUAUGUUGUACAUGGAUCAUGACGCACUUCGCCAUCUCGCCUCCCAUGACAAUAUCUCGGCUCAUCAUGCUCCGUGGACUUCUUAUUUGCAACAGUUUACGUUUGUCCUCAAACAUCAAUCGGGCGCAUCUAAUCGGGUGGCUGAUGCAUUGAGUCGUGGCUCCCUUGUUUUGAUGGACUUACGAGUGACAGUUACGAGCUUUGAGUUGACGCGAGAAUUGAAUAGGUUUAACUCCUUUUAUCCGAAAGGCAUGAGCACGUUGGCGGAGCCGAUGAGACAAAACCACCCAUCAUCUCCUUGGCUUAUGCUACCGCCCUCCAUUGACGUGACCUUCACCGGCGCCGCCAGCAUCAGCUACAACUUCUACAGCCUCGCCUACAAUAAAAUCGUAACCCAUAGCCUCGAAGAAAGAGAAUUAACAAACCCGCUCAUGGUGUGCGCGGGAUCUUCACUCGGCUGGCUAGCUUUGAUGAGCCCCAGCCGCGAUCUGUUCCUCUAUAAUCCCAUCUCCCGUCGCCGUAUAAACCUCCCUUCCGUUGGCGAUCUUCCCGGUUACCCUGACAACUUGGCUAAAGUCUACAAGGUCGUACUCUCGUGCUCCCCGGAAGAACCAAAUUGUCGAGCCAUCAUUAUCUACAACAACGUACAUGGGCUGGCUUUCUGCUGCCCCGGGUUCAGCAAGGAGUGGACACAUAUCGGGGAUCACAACUGGUUUGAUGAAAAUUUGGGACGGUCCUUCCGCCCGGGCUAUAGGGACUGUGUCUACUCCACAAGACACGAAGCAUUGUUUAGCCUCACGAAACAGGGCUUAUUGGAAUCUUGGGAUCUUCGGGACCCUCACUCACCGAGGGCUGUGAAGAUAGCCGAGGUUGGUGAAAGGGGUGGCAAAAUUUGGUAUGAAAAGCAGAAGCACUUGUUGUUAACGUGUGAGCCAGUGGAGCAUCUGGUAGUGGCCGGGCAGGAUCAAGAUCUCCUCGUGGUGACUCAAUACGUAGUUGAAGCAUUUGAGUUUGAUGGAUUGUAUGCCGACGGCUGUGACCCGUCUAAGAAGACCAUCAAACGAGGCCUUCCGUGUGCGACUACUGAUUUUGCUGUAAAAAAAUAUAACACUGAGGAUGAGGAUGUUAAGUACGUGAACUCGUUAGAUGGCUUGGCUCUUUUUGUUGGCUUCCAGAGCGAUGCAGUCGCGUUGCGGGUGGCAGAGUUCCCGGAGCUCAAGUCCAAUUCCAUUUACUUCACAGAUGGAGUAGAAGAUGUAGUGAUUUAG